AUGCAGUGCCUCCAGACUACUCCUUCCUCUAGCACUGAGAAUAGCAAGAAGAAGAGAAAGAAGCAAGAGAGGGAAGGGGAAGCCAUGGCUGAAAAGAAAGACAAGAGGGACUACAUCCAUGUACGAGCUGGCCGCGGCCAAGCCACUGAGAGUCAUAGCUUAGCUGAAAGACUACUCAGUGGGUGUGCUGAUGGUGUGCAGAUUAGGAGGGAGAAGAUUGACGAGAGGAUGAACUGUUUGCAAGGCUUGGUGCCCGGUUGCAACGAGAUCAUGGGAAAAGCCAGCGUGCCCGAUGAGAUCAUAAACUAUGUGCAGUCUCUCCAAAACCAAAUUGAGCUGGUUGUUGUAGAUCCUGGAAUGCACUGCACUAGCAGUGAAGUGCUAGAGUUGGAGUUCUUGCAACCUGCUAGUGAUUUCUCUGGUCUGCACAUGUCCAUGAAUCCACAAAUGACUUGGCUCCAAAACACCAUCGGUACGGUGCCUAUCCAGUUGCACUCCUUCUCCAAUGUUCUUGGGUCAUCUGCUUGGGAUGAGACCAGUGUCGGCUUCCCUGGCCUGGAAUUCGACAGAGGGAAAAACUGA